AUGUCUGAAAACGAUCUGAAAAUGGACGUGGAUCCGAGUGUAACAGAACUUUGCGACGUCACUACGCAGCCGGUUCGGGAAUUCAUAUACCGAUACUACAUGACCUUGACCGGCGUUCCACAUGACACCUGGAGGCUUUACACAGUCGGUGCGCGUUAUACGCACGUGGGCGGUUGCGGGCCCGAGGAGGCGCGUGACCAAGGACCUGUUUUCGGCCAAUUCCAAAUCCACGUGAAUAUCAUGCAUCAGCGGUUCACCGAAUGCCAGUUUUUUAUAAGAUCGAUCUACGAGCAACCGAUGGCAAACGGCUGUAUUCACGUACUAGUCACCGGCGAUAAGUCGCGUAGUAAGCAGCCGGCUGUCUCGUUCGUCCAAUCGUUCGUGCUCGAGUUUAUACGCGAGAUCAAUCAGUAUGCCAUCGCCAAUUCCAUACUUAGGGUCUAUACGUUAUCGCCACCUCUGCCCCGGUGA